CCUCAGUAUGUUCGAACUCGCUGCUGCUGAUGUAAGGCGGACAGGAUGGAUGACGAGAGAAGCGAUGGAGUAGGAGGAGGAGGAGGAGGAGGAGGUGGAGGAGGCGGCAGUGGAGACGCAGAGGUGGAGGAUGAGUUCGCGUGUGCCGGGAUGCUGCGGGGAUCCCUGACCUCCCUGCACGCCACCGUGGAGCGGAUAUUUAGGGUGACCUUUGGGAUCGGGGCGGACGAUUUGCCCCACGGCAACAACGGGCAGAUUUGGCUCAAGCUGCGAGGGCCGAGCAACAAUGUAAAAGCCGCCAAAUUGUUUGUGAAAGGAGUGGUGAACCAGGAGGAGCAGCAGGAGGUUUCCUACCCCACCUUCCUUCACUGUGUCUUCUGUGGAGCCAGAGGGCUGUUCAUGGACUGCCUGAUAAAAAGCACCUCAGCACAUAUUGUGGUCGGCUCUCCAGGAUUCCUGUUGAUAUCGGGUCUGGCAGAGCCAGUGGUGCGAGCCUACUCCCUUAUUACAGAACUGGUGGAGAGGUAUGAAGGCACGCAGUCCAGACGCUCUGAGACUGCCGACAGAGGCUUGGGCGAGUCCCUGGAUUCGCGCCGGGCCUUCAAAACUCUGGUUGAGAAAUGGGACGACAGGCACAUCCUGGAUCUUCUGGUGCUUCCGGGGUCGGUGAAGGAAAUCCUGCUGGAUUUGGUGAAAGAGUCGGGACUUGGAUCAAGCCCAGACCUGACAGUGGCAGAUGGAAACACCUUACGUGACGAAUUGGAGGACGUGUGGGACAAACCCUGCGCCAUCACGUAUCCUGUCCCUGAACCUUCUGGCAAUAGUGAGCGGUGGGUUGAAGGGAUGGCUGCGGGUUCAGGAAAAGACGCUACAGCCAAGGACUCAUUCCAGUCUUCCAGGAGGGUAGAGGGUGCUGAGGCAAGACCUGUGCAUUCUCCACAGGAGGUAGGAGAAGAGGAGCAGGCAGAACAGAGGGAAACACUGAGUACCAAAGAGAAAGACAGGCUGGGGGAAGGGGAGGAAGAACAGGAGCGGCAGUUGUCAACGGGAAACAAGGAGUUUUGGCUCCUGUUGAAGUUCUUCACAGCCAUGGGGUACACAGAGGACGUCGUGAAACAAGUGCUCGCCCGAACGGGACCUAAAGAGGCCUCGCAGAUACUGGACUUGGUUCAGCAGGAGCAGGAUCGCAGCGACCAGGAGCGCAUGCUUCAAGGAGGCCUGGACCGAAAACACAAAGACGGCGAGAGCGAGAGGAACCGGCCCUGCGAGACAGAGCACAGGGAGGACGAAGAGACAGCAGGAGGAGGCGAUAAGGUGAUAAGCAGUAAUGGAGAGGUGGGAGAAGUUUGUGAGGCAGAGGUGGACGGAGCCAUGGGAAUCACAAAACACUUUGAGGGAGGUAGUGCAGAGGAGAAGGAGGAAGGACACGAGGAAGACUUUGUCCUGGGCGUGCUGAAGAAGGCUGCGGCCAGCUGCGGCUACACCGAACAGGAAGUAGCCAAAGUCUACAACAUGCUGCCCGAUCGAUCCACUCGCCAGCUGCUCCUGGAGCUGCAAAGAGAGGGGGGCAAGGAUGCCUUCAGGGAGGGGCCGAGAGAGAUGGACGAUGUGGUGCUGGAGAAAGAGGGACCAAAGGUUGGACCAGCAGAGGACAAAGAGAAGGUAGAGUCCGAUGAUGACGGAUGGGUAGAGUUGUCUGUUGCAGAACCAAAUUGGUUUGCUUGGCCUAAGCCCCAGCAGCCUCCUGUGAGUCAAUACGCCUCACAGCCAAAGCAACACCAGCCUUCAAAGGCACAAACUCCACACCAUAACAACCUGCCUGAAGUCAAAGGGCCACCCAUGCCUACUUAUCCCCCAUCCCUAGAUCCUCCACUCACCAAUUUCCAACCUAACAAACAAUACGACCAAGCCAUGUACUGGCCUAAUCCACCCACCUCAAAACAAAACCAUUCAGCUCACAAAGUCUCAAAUCCAAAGCACCAGUCGUCCAACUUUGCAAAACAAGCGCUUCAAGCCCCUCAGGCCCCUGUCUUCACCAGGAAUGACUCGUCUCCCACUAGAGCGAGGGAAAGACGGGGUUUCGCGCCUGCUCCUCCAGUGGCGGUAACAGGCGAGCAGCGUUUCCUGGAGGGGCUGCAGGCGCCCUUUAACCUCCAGCUGACGGACCAGCCCGGAGACCCGAAUCUGAGGACAAUCAUCAUUGACGGGAGCAACGUGGCCAUGAGUCACGGGUUGGGUCACUUCUUCUCCUGUCGAGGAAUCGCUCUGGCUGUCCAGCAUUUCUGGGACAGAGGCCAUCGUUGCAUUUGUGCCUUCCUGCCACAGUGGAGGCAGAAGAGCGACCCCAGGAUCAAAGAGCAGCACUAUCUGACCACGCUGCAGAAGCUGGGCCUGCUCUCCUACACCCCCUCCAGAGAGGUCCAGGGCAAGAGGAUCAGCUCAUACGACGACAGAUUCAUGCUGCAGUACGCGCAAAAGACAAAAGACGGAGUGAUCGUAACUAACGACAACCUGAGAGACCUCUCAGAUGAGUCUCCUGUGUGGAGGGACAUCAUCAAAAAGAGGCUUCUUCAGUACACGUUUGUUGGGGAUCACUUCAUGGUGCCAGAUGAUCCUCUGGGGAGAGGAGGGCCUCACCUGGAUGACUUUCUACGUUCGGAGCACAGGACCCCUGACCCAGGAAACCACUCUUUUGCCGGCGUAGCCACCGCUCUCCCAUCCUCCAAACCUCCUCGUUCCCAAACGGAGGUGCUGAACUUUCGUGAUCGAACACCGGGUGUCGGUCUGGAACAGUCGAGCAGAGGCGGCCGGGGGAAAGGGAGAGGGCACGGGAGGGGAUGGGACGCUGGACACCAGCACAAGCAGCACGGACCCGCAGUUCCUGGGCCUGCACUCAGAAAAGACAGGAAUCCAGAGGAAACAGCCAGCCUGAGACAGCAGCUCUGUCAGGUUUUUCCAGGUCAGGACAACAUGGUGACGCUGGUGCUGCAGUGUCACCCAGAAGAGAUGGACAUCAAUGUGCUGUCUGAUCUGAUCUUGGAGCAGCAGAAGGACUAGAAAUCUUUUAGUUUUAGUGUUUUUUUCAGGAUUAAUGCAAACUUUUCUUGAGAUGAAUUUUGCCCCUGAUAUAAUAUUGACUUCCACUGAAGCAACUGCAACAAAUCAUACUAACCAAUCACUGAUCUCCAUAAGCAAGGAUUUUACAAAAAUACCAGAUUAUCAGAUGAGUGGUAGCACUUUCUGUAGACAGUCCCAACACAACCAUUUUUGUCUGCCCAGUCUAAAACACCUCCAUCCUCUCCACCUGCAUCACUGUCGAUAAAAUCAGAGAAUAAAUGAGGCUAGAGGGGAGAAGUGGAAAGAUAUUCAGAGAGCUGCUAGCCAUGGCCAUUCAGCCAUGCCAGUAGAAGAAAUCUAUGGAUGGCAUUGUCAUGGUCCCCAGAGGAUGAACCCCUCUGACUUUUGUGAUCCCCAGGCUUUUCCUCCAGCGCCACUGGCAAGUCAAAGUUUUCACUCAACAUCUGAAAUAUAAAAAAUAUACACAAUGUGUCGGCACAACAUUUUCUACAGGCAUUCAUGGUUCCCAGAGGAUGAAUCCCUCUGACUUCUGUGAUCCCCUGACUUUUCCCUGAGCACCACCAGCAGGUUUACAUUGUUUUUUAACUAAAAUAUAUUGACAACUAUUGGAUCAAUCGCUAUAUAAUUUGAAACACGCAUUCAUGGUUACCAGAGGAUGAUUGACUUUGAACCCCUUGUACAAUACCAAUACCAAAAACUUUCAGUAUUCCCAAGAGCUUCAGCUGUACUUUGUGUCGACGGUUAAUUAGGAAGUGUUACCAUGCUAAAACGCUACACAAUACGACCUCACAAAAUCGCUGCCAGACUCUUCAUGUCUUAUUAAAACCACAAUCAAUGUGUAAUGACGCUAGCCAUCUUCCUCAGGUUUGUUUUAAUGAUGUGAAGUCACCGGCUCUCCUCAGGCGACCACACACACCUGUUGGAAAACCAAUGUGCAGCUGAUACACAUUGGUUGUGUUUUCGCAAGCGACUUGGGUUGAGAAAAGAUUAAAUGUGCUUAAAUGUGACAUUAUUAAAGAGAGGAUUACUCUAUUUAAAACAGCUCUUUUAAGAACAAGAACAGCUUAUUAAAAAUAUUUUUUAUGUUAUUCUGAAUUUAUUGUAUCCUGCUUAACUAAUUUCAUGGCUACUUGUUGGUUAGAAAAAUGCAGAUUGUAUGAGAAAGUGCUGUGCCAGGAAAGAUACAAAACCAGUCCUUACAAUAUUCUGUACACUCAGUUUUCUGAUUUUAACUUAUUUUGAUCCGAUGGUGUAAUAUGACGGUAGAUCUUGUAGGGGAGACCAAACCAGAAGAUGUUUUUCAUUCACAUCUCAGAAGAUCAUUAUAUCAGUUUUUAAAACACAUUAAAGCGGUUUUUGAUUGAAAGGAAUAAAAUAAAAUUAAGUUACUGUUGGUCUUUAAA